AUGGCGAUCAUCUCCGAGGACAUCAUGCAGGAGGACGAGGCGUCACCGCAGCAGCAGCAGGCGGCGGCCGCCGUGAAGGAUAACAGCAGCACGGAGGCGGAGAAGAAGGAGAAGGAGGAGAGCAAGGGGAGGCAGCCAAACUCCGGCAACGGCCUCGACCUGGACAACUACUCGUGGGCGCAGCAGCUGCCGGAGGUGAACCUCACCGUCCCCGUCCCCGAAGGGACCAAGGGCAGGUCCGUCGUCUGCGAGAUCAAGAAGGACCACCUCAAGGUCGGGCUCAAGGGCCAGCCUCCCAUCAUCGACGGCGAGCUCCACAAGCCCGUCAAGGUCGAGGACUGCUUCUGGAGCAUCGAGGACGGGAGGUCGCUGUCCAUACUGCUCACCAAGCGCAACCGGAGCGAGUGGUGGAAGACCGUGAUCAAGGGCGACCCGGAGAUCGACACCCAGCGCGCCGAGCCGGAGAGCAGCAAGCUCUCGGAUCUGGACCCGGAGACGAGGCAGACCGUGGAGAAGAUGAUGUUCGACCAGCGCCAGAAGCAGAUGGGCCUGCCCACGAGCGAGGAGAUGCAGAAUCAGGACAUGCUCAAGAAACUCAAGUCCCAGUACCCGGACAUGGACUUCUCCGGGAUGAAGAUGCCUUCUUAA